AUGAGAGUUUUAUUAUUUUUAUGCUUAUUAUUAGUUAGCUUUGCUACCGCCAAACAACAAUUCUCUGAAUUACAAUACAGAAAUGCCUUCACCAAUUGGAUGAUCCAAAAUCAAAGACACUAUGCUUCAGAAGAAUUUGCUGCCCGUUACAACAUCUUCAAAGCCAACAUGGAUUACGUUCAAGAAUGGAACUCAAAAGGUAGUGAAACCGUCCUUGGUUUAAAUACUUUUGCUGAUAUCACCAACCAAGAAUUCAGAUCUAUCUAUUUAGGUACUCCAUUCGAUGGUUCAUCUAUCAUCAACACCGAAACCGAAAAAAUCUUUGCCGCUCCAGCUGCCUCAAUCGAUUGGAGAACUAAAGGUGCUGUCACCCCAAUUAAAAAUCAACAACAAUGUGGUGGUUGUUGGUCAUUCUCAACUACUGGUUCAACUGAAGGUGCUACCGCUAUUGCCAAAGGUAACCUCCCAUCAUUAUCAGAACAAAAUUUAAUCGAUUGUUCAGGUUCAUACGGUAACAAUGGUUGCAAUGGUGGUUUAAUGACCUUAGCUUUUGAAUACAUCAUCAACAACAAAGGUAUUGAUACUGAAAGCUCAUACCCAUACACCGCCAAAGACGGUAAGACCUGUAAAUACAACCCAGCCAACAUUGGUGCUACCUUAUCAUCAUACUCUAAUGUUACCUCAGGUUCAGAACCAUCAUUAGAAUCAGCUGCCAACAUUGGUCCAGUCUCAGUUGCCAUUGAUGCUUCACACAACUCCUUCCAAUUAUACUCAUCAGGUAUCUAUUAUGAACCAGCCUGUUCAACCACCAGUUUAGAUCACGGUGUUUUAGUUGUUGGUUAUGCCUCAGGUUCAGGUUCAGGCUCAGGUUCAGGUUCAGGUUCAGGUUCAGGUCUUGCUGUCGAAGGUGCCUCAUCAGGUAACUAUUGGAUCGUUAAAAACUCAUGGGGUACCAGUUGGGGUAUCGAAGGUUAUAUUUUAAUGUCAAAAGACCGUAACAAUAACUGUGGUAUUGCUACUAUGGCCUCAUUCCCAAAAGUUUAA